CUGACAACUCACUGGCAUUCUAGAAACGUUAGCCUGACGAAAUCUGCUUCUCAAUCGCUUCACAGUUUCAUGAAGAGAUCUAACACCAGCAAGUUACUGAUCACGAUUUCCCCAGGGAUAUCUCAUUGUCAAUUGUACCCAGUCGACCACAAUAGAGUAAAAGGACUGGUCAUCUUUGGACACGUUGUUCCAACGUUUGUUUCACCCAGCUCGGUCACCAAUACUGCAAUAACGACAAAUGUACCUUCUAGCCGUGCCUCAACAAUACAAACUUCAUUUACGACCGCUCCCUUAGUGGAGUCAACAAGCAAGAUUGCAAAGAUUGACAGUGACUCAAGUGGAUUGAGUUUAGUUACCAGCAUUGUUAUUCCCUUGGUUUUACUGGCUGUUCUGCUAGGCGUUUUUAUUCUGCUGUUAUUAGUAAGGUCAGGAAUCUUUCUCUCUAAGAGCAGUCAUCCGUGGAUUAUUGCUGUUCGUAGAACAACCGGCCCCAAAAAUCUGCCAGAGCCGAGAAAUCAGUUUUACCAGAAUCACGAUGGUACUGACCGCGUUUACCAGAGUCCUGCGGCCGAACUGAGGGAUCCCGGGCUGUAUUCGUCUGUUGGACCUGGUUACGGCAAUCCAACCAACCGUCCCCAGACACCUCCUGGUGCUCGUAAUGACCGUGUUACAGAUAAUGAGUCGUUCAUGUACGCUACCUGUGAUGGUGCUGCUCCGAUGAGUUAUGUGAAUACGGAAACGAGGCAGAAAGAUGCUGGUGAGCCAUACGCUAGUGUCCAGUCAAUGUUUGAUCAACCAGCGCAGGACGUCCAGUCAAAUCCGGCAAACAACGAAACACAGGCAGCCGGAUGUGAAGAAAGGUCAGCUCUGACUGUCUGCUACUCAGUUCCUCACAAGGGGAAUACGACAGAUGUUUGCAGACUUUACGAAAAGGCAGAGCAGUGCACGGCUUCUAAGCCUAACGAAGCACCCCGCACUUCAAUUUACAUCGACCCUAUAUGUCGUGCUACGGAUGUAACAUCACUUAGCGUCUUAUCGAAGUCCGCACAAUCCGACGUACAAAACCUGGAGAAGUCUAUCGAUCAAGAUGAUGUGGAGCGCGAACAACGCUGUGGUCUGAGUGACGCAACACCAGUAGUAUGCCGCGAUACCACAACCACCACCACCACCAUUACCAGCACCAACCCGCAGUCAUCUCGCCUAUCCCUUGCAGCCACAUCGAUGCCGGUCGAAUCAGACACCCAAAGAUGUGUGUCUCCAUCUCAGGUUCCAAAGCCUCUGCCAUAUCGGGUAUUCAAAGUGUUGAAGGAUAGUCAGGGCGAUUACAUGAACCCACAGGACACAGUCUCCAAUCAAGGGGCUGACCAGCCUGAUACAGACACUGAUCCUAACAUCUAGUAUGAAUAUUCUUCAUCCUUCAAAGUUCGUUUUGAAAA